AUGUCGGACUCAGAAAAACAAAACAAUGAAAAUUCUUUGGAUAUCGAUGGAAGCUCAUUUAAUUCGGAGAUGUAUUUAGAAUGUCUCUUGAAAUGUGCUUCUUUACGACAAGUAAUGGACAAAGAAGCCGAAAUUAUCACGCAAAGUCAAUCCUUGCAGUCCGAGAUGCAGACUCUGGUUUAUGAAAAUUAUAAUAAGUUUAUAUCGGCAACAGAAACAGUUCGCAAGAUGCGUUCAGAUUUUCAAAUAAUGCAGGAAGAAAUGAAUAAGUUAAGUGAAAAUAUUAAUAAGAUAACCACGUUUAGCUCAAAUAUUUCCGAAUCUCUUAAAGACAGUGGCAAUAAUGUUAAUAGAUUAUGCAGUACUCGUCAAUUGUUGGAUAAAUUACAAUUUCUAUUCCUACUGCCUACACAGUUAAAUAAAGCUAUUCAAGAGGGGCGCUAUUCAGAUGCAGUUCAUGAUUAUACACAUGCUCAAAAGGUAUUGCAGAAGUAUGGUGACCAACCAUCAUUUCAAAGCAUUCAAACAGAGUGUUCUGACAUCAUUUAUGGCUUAAAGAAAAGUCUAAGAGAAAGAUUACUUUCUCCUGAAACUACUGCAUCAGAGUUAGCUGAAAGUGUAGGCCUGUUGCGACAGCUCCAGGAAUCAGAUUCCUCCCUACAAGAUAUCUUCCUGAGUUGUGCAGAGAGUAGACUAGAACAACAUCUUAAUCUCUUAGCCUCCAUGGUAGAUACCUCAGACAUUCUGGAAUGGGUUGAAAAAUGUAACGGAUUGAUUCUUGCUGAUCUUGGUAUAGUAAUAUCUUGUUAUCAUGAUAUUUUUCAAGAUACUGAAAGUAUUGGCAUACCAGAAUUUGCAGACAAAGUAAUGACUCAAGUAUUUGAUCUCUUCGAAGCGGUUAUUAGAAGACCAGAAAAUGUAGGCACAGAGAUACUUAUAAGGGGUCUUGAUAAAUUCUUCAGAAAAUUUCAAGCUUUGUCUGAAAUAAUAUGCAGCGAUGGUGCAUCUAACAAAGCUCUAUGUGUAGUCACUCAAUGCAUCAAGCAUAAAGCUACAAUGCAGCAUCAAAUAAUUCAAGUUCAAUUUAAAGAAAACCUCAUGAAAGUUCGCCAAUCCUUAGCCAGUAAAGGGACAGAGAAUGCAGAUCUCAAAGACAUACUCAACGCUUUGCAAGUUUACUUGAUGCAAAAAAUUCAGGCAUCUCUACUGGACUUAAUGGCCUUUUUGCAGACCAAUUUAUCAUUUGGUCUCAAACCAUGGUGUGCAAAUGCAGUUGCAGAUAGCUGCUGGAUAGUCGUAUCGGAAACCUUGAUAAAUAUUUCAGAUAUGAUUAAGAAAUUGUCUGUGAUACAAACAUCAAAUAACAUUCCAUUUGAAUUGCUCCUUAUUCUGGCUAAGUUAUGUUUAGAAAUGCAAGAAAAUGGAGUAACAAUAUUACAAAAUCAUCUAACAAAACUCCUUGAAGAAGCUGCCCCUGGAUUAUCAGUAGAAAAAAAGGAUACAAACACUGUAAUGGUCAACUUGUCUUCUGCCGCUCAGUCAGCUUUGGAUUCAGAAGUAGUAUUUAUAGGACAAACUGCUGCACAAAUGUUGCGUGUUUCAGUUUUGGCUAGGGAUUGGCUACGGGCACCUGAACCUCGGGGACCUCGUGCAGUUUGCAGAAGGGUUGUUGAAACACUAGCCAGUGCUGAUAGUGCAGCUUCACAGCUUUUUCCUACCAGUUUCAAACCAUCUAGUGAUUCCAGUAGGCGUACUAUUUGGUCCCGCGCACCAUCGUCUUUCUCUCCAAUUAAUAGACUGUUUUCUGAGAGAAUAGAAGUUUUCAGCCCAGCCGGCGCGGAUCGAGCUGCAUUAUCCAAUGGAGCUUUAAAAGUGGCGUUGAAAGCGUUAGUGGAAUGCGUUAGAUUACGCACAUUUAGUAGACACGGCUUGCAGCAGUUGCAGGUUGAUGUACAUUUCCUUCAACAAAGGCUGUCUUGUAUGGGAAAUGAUGAAAGACUACUUAAUGCUCUGCUGGAGGAUGCUCUUUCUUCCGCUCAGUUACGAUGUGUAGAUCCCCAGCUAAUGGAACCUAGUAUUGUAGAUAUUAUUUGCGAGCGUGGAUAG